UGGGAGAAGGUCUCCGGGCCCCGAGAGGUUUCGUGGAAUGACUCUGGAACUGGGCGGUCUCUGGGUUCAGGGGCCCCCUUGCCUACUUGACGCAAUCCGUUGAUCAUACACCCACGAAAAACACCCCCCUCCUUCUCCUUCCCCUCCCCUCCCCUCCCCACCCACCGCCCUCUCAAACCCAUCAACAAAACCCACCAAGGGGGUUCUUUUUAAGUGUGGGGGGUGGUGUGGUUUCAUUCAUCCUGCAAGGUGAGAGGUGGUGGGGAGUGGUGGCGGUGGGUGUUACGAUGUUGGGGCGCUGGGUGCGGACAACGAGGUGCACCGAGGCGAGCGGAGGCCGGGGUGGGGGCUUCCCCGGGCGCCUCCUGCCCUGGCUGAAGAGGCCGUGGGUUCAUGCCGUGCUGCUCUACCUCUUCACCUUCGGAGUCGUGCUGCCCUUGCUGUGCCAGGGCCUACGGCAGUCCCGGUAUUUCGCCCGUGCGGCCCACCUCCGGCGCCUGACUGUGGAGGCGCUGGAGCGCAGCCGGGUGAGGGGCGAGGAGGCGGAGCGCUACGUGCGGGAGGCGGAUCCGGGGGACCUGGCGCGCGGGCCCCCCAUCACGGUAGUGGCGGUGGUGACCGUGUCCCGGCAGCAGGCCGCUGCCUACCGCUACUACCUGCAGGUGGUGGCGGCCCUGCACCAGUUGCUGGCUUCGUGCCGGGGUUGCCGGGGCUACCGGCUCUUCGCCUGCAACGUGGACCCUGAGCCCGAUGGCCACUGGGAGGCGUCGGAGGCCUCCCGCCUCAUCCCCACCGUUCGGCGGUUCGGCAGCGGUGGGCCAGCAGGGGGCGACGACAACCGCUUCGAGAAGGAGAAGCAGGACUACGCAUACUGCCUGCAGGAGGCGCUGUCCGCCUACGACCCCCAGCAUGUCCUGUUGCUGGAGGACGACGCUGUGCCGACGGAGGAUUUCUUCCCGGUCCUGCAGGACCUCCUGGAGAGGAGGCUGACCACCCCUGCCGCCCGGGGCGCCCUCUACGUCAAGCUCUACCACCCCGAGAGGCUGCAGGGUUACCUCAACCCCGAGCCCAUGCGCAUCCUAGAGUGGCUGGGCCUGGGUGCCCUGGGUGGUGCCUCGCUCGGCGUUGUCUACCGGAAGCUCUGCCGACGGGCCUCAGUGAUGCUGAGCUGGGCCGUUCUGGCCCUCUACACCAUGCUGGUCGCGGAGCUGGCCGGGCGCCACUACCUGCUGGAGUGGCGCCGCCUUAGCCCUCAGCUCUACUCCCUGAUGCCUGCCACCGAAUGCUGCACUCCUGCCAUGCUGUUCUCAGCUCCAGCUGCCCGGCGGGUGCUGGCGUACCUCAGCAGCGUUCGGUGCAGGGCGGGCUAUGCCAAGGACACAGCGCUGUACGCCCUGCUGUGGGAACGCGGCGAGACUGCCUACGCCCUGGAGCCCAACCUGGUCAGCCACAUCGGGCUGUACUCCACCCUCCGAGGCCCCAUCGCUCAACCCAGUCUCUGAAGGGACCCACCACACCCCAACCC